CUGUUGUAUCAUUUACGUAAACGUAUACAUGUAAUAAACAAAGCUAAACGAGUGCGAUGAUCUUAUGUUUAUCGUACGCUUGACAUCGACGCACCUUGAUUUGGAAACACUGACAUAAAGGUAUUAUUUCUAUUUGAAAGGAGGGUUUGUAGUAUUGACAACGUCAACUUUUUCCCAUUUGUAACUGCGGUUUCGGUAUUUGGCUAAAUUUUGAUGCGGUAUUGCGGUAUUCUCGCGCUACCACAUGCGGUAUUGCGGUAUUCGUACCCCCCUUACGCCCCCCUCUUUACGUGCGUACGUGCAUAAAAUUUACGUUCGCAAAUAAAAUAGAGGCAAUGUAAGAAAAGUCGCACGUAAGAAUAGAUGUAGAACCUCGCUCAACUUCACGUUUAAUCUCAACACUUUAUAUUUUGCAAAAUUUACGUGCCUUGACGUGCGUAGCCAAAAACGCGUUAGUGAAAAUCAACCUUAAGAGAGUUCCAGAGCUUUGCAGCUUCGUGCUUGAUGGACUCGAGUCUAUAAGUGGUUGUCCUAGGUUCAAGUGAGCUUAGUACAUUAUUCCCUCUUAAAAAAUAUUUGGAACUGCGAAGAGAGAACAGUUUCUUAAGAUAUUUAGGAUGCGCAGAGACAAAGAAGCUUUUAAACACUACAAAAAUAAUGAAUAAGCAUUUUGUGAUUUCUUCCACUGUACAAAGAUGUUGUCUUAGCCUUCUUUAGCAACUCGUCAUAACAAGAAUAUACAUCAUUAAAUAUAAAUCUCAAAUGCGUUUAUUCAAAAGCUCUAGUUUAUCACGAUUUCUCGGGACAGAAGUCCCAUAAAAGUGAACUAUAAUGAAAGUGCGGUAGCACAAACGCCUUAUACAAGUCUGAAUUGGUUGUUAACCUUAUGGCAUAUUUUUGAGAUGUGACAAUUAAAGUCUAAAUUAUUGUUAAUAGUGACGCCUAAUAAGUCAAUCCCUGAACAUCGGUAAUUAGUGGAGACCACACGGAUGUAAAGAAAGUAUUCGAAAGUUAGCGAGUUUGUGAACACCACUUUGUCUCUGGAAAGCCGUUACCGAAUCGAACUGGGACAAAUUUAACGUCCAUAGGGUACUUUUUUAGGUAAAAAAGUGCACAAGGCGGAACACAUCGACGCAGCAUUGAAGAGAACUGUUAGAGCAAAGGCCUGACGGAAAUUUGAUAUUGAACAACAAGAGCUAGAGUUUAUCAGAAAGCAAAUGCUCUUGGACCAAGGCGGCGAACAGUUAUCUCAAAUAAACUUUACUGGUGCUUUAGCGAGUACUUUAUUGUAAACGGUCGAAGAUCGUAGUGAAGUACAUGUACAGCUGGAAGCCCCUGUUACUGAAGAGCCCAACAUGCGUAUGAAUGUUGACAGUGAUGAAAGUAUGGUGGACAAGGAGACACAAACGGAAGAGCUCAAUGCUACAUUUUCAGUUUCAGAUGCUAAGACCCAUAAUGAAGAAUUUGCUGUAUUUCCAGUAUCGGACACUGAAGCCCUGACUGAAGAAUUUGACUAUAUGUGACCUCUCACGCGAAAACGUACACUAACGGCUUCCCGUUUUCGAACGGAAAUCCGUUCACAAGCCGUUUCUCAUCCGUUCAGAAAAAAUUUGCAUCCGUUCGAACGGCUUGGGCGAUCCGUUUAAAAAGGAAGUCAAGCCGUUCGAACGGCUGUGUCAUCCGUUCACAAAAAUUGCCCAACCGUUCGAACGGCUAGUGUACCCGUUCGGGAAAAAUUUGCAUCCGUUUGAGCGGUUUGGUCAUCCGUUCACAAAAAUCAUCCAUCCGUUCGAACGGCUUGUGCCAUCCGUUCAGAAAAAUUGUCUAUCCGUUCAAACGGCUGUGGCACCCGUUCAGAAAAAUUAUCCACCCGUUCAAAACUUCAAUCAGUUGGAACCGUUCGUUCAAACGCCUUGGAUCAUAAUUAAUUUUACGCUGUUCAGAUGGCCUUAUGCAGUGCCUUGUGGCCGGUCGUUUGCCAUCAUUUGAGGUUGUUCACAGGUAAGAGAGUUGGACAUUGACCGUUGCAGCAGAAAAACAACUUGAUGGUUGCUACACAAGACUCUUAUGUACUGCCCUCGGCAUAAGCUGGAACGGUCAUUUAUCUAACAUAGAGCUCUGUGGGGACCUGCCUCCAUUUUUAACAAUUCUCCAGAUGCACCACAGGCACGGCCUCUGUCGGAGAAGCAAGAAUGAGAUUGUUUCCCAACUUCUUCUUUGAGAACCAAAACACGGCAGAUGCGCAAGGGAACGCCCAGCAACAACAUUCUUUGACCAGCUGCAGAGUGAUACCGGUCAUAUGAGACCAAAAAAUUCCAUCUAUCAUACCUAACAGAGGGUAAUGGGACAGCUUUGCUUGCGCGGGCAGGUCCAUUGCCAAAAUUUUCCCCAAACUCACACCAGUGAGCCUGCUCAAGGCUUAUGGUUACAGAAAAUUUCCACUUAAACUUUAUCUUAUUUAUUAAUUGUUUAUGUUUUCUUGAAACCAGGCACAAGCCCUUGAUGACAAUCCUGUGUGCAUAUUAGUUAUUGUAAGACUUAAUUAAAAAACCAAAAGUAUGGAAACUUGGCAUUUUUUAUAUUAAAGGCACGCAACAAAAUUAGGCUUUACUCCAGAAACAUCAAAUGUUUCAGUUGUAUAAACGAUAGAUAUAGUUCUUUUCAGAGAUAGUUUUCCACAAUUCCCUAAAGUAAUAAUUACAUGUAUUUAGAUUUUUUCUGUGAAGAAAAAGUAAUUCGUAAUAUUUUUCAUUACAAUCUAAAACACAGAGCACAAGUCUUAUUACGUUGGAUGACGUAGUCAGCCAGCGUCAUAAAUUCGAUCGAUCUUUUCCAUGGGAGACACAAAUUGUCUUGUUUUUUGACUUUCCUAUCCCGUGCCCGUCCCGAAAAAUUGUGCGAUUUUUAUUGGCUGCAACAGACGAAAGCAACUGCGUAGAAAGUCAAAGUACAAAUCGAUAGAAAAGGAAGACGGCGUGUCUGAAUUUGGCUGUAUAAUAGGGUUGUUAUGUUGCUUCGUUUCGAAGUUGUGUUAGUUGUGUUAAAGCCGUGAAUAGCUACACAGAAUGUGAUUUUUAGGCUGCGUUUAAUUUGUCACCGAACCAACGAGUUCACCAACGGGUUCAUAAUUCGUAAUCAAACCAGUGAGCUCACAUGUAAACUUACCGAAGGAAAUGCUAUUUAAAUAUGAAAUAAAUAUUGAAGCAAUUUUCACACCGCAACGACGAUUCUCUUGAUCUGAAACUCUCCCGGUGAGGAGUCAGUUGCAAACUUCUACAGUGGUUCGAGAGCCAUCUAAGUGGACGCGGUCAGCGGUGCUUGCUCAACGAUUCACGUCAAGCUGCUCUCCAGUUCCAUCAGGAGUCCCUCAGGGCUACAUCCUCGGUCCUCUUGCUGUUUCUAGUUUAUGUGAAUGACUUCCCGAAUCGAAUUUCGCUCUUCGAAGAUAACUAAAAAUGUUCUAGAGUUAUCGAAAGUCUACAAGACUGUGAGUCACUCCAAGGGGACCUGUACAGUCUGCAGUGCUGGAGCGGUGGUUGGCGCCUAACGUUGACACCUCCAAUUCCAUGUUGCGUCCGUUUUCACACCCUGUUGAAUGCUGUUGGAUGUUGUUGCGUGUUGUUGCGCAAAGUUUGAAACCGGUCAAACUUUUCAGCCAACAACUCCCAACAUUUCUUUUGUUCCGUGAUCGCCGAGGCGUAGCGUAACAAUGUUGGAUCCGUUUGCACAGCUCUUCCAACAUUGUUGGGGCCACGCACGCUCAUUACGCAUGGUUUACAAAGACUUAUGCGUUGUAUCCUUCCCACGAUACACUGCAGGUCCCAACAUUGUUGGAAGUUGUUGCGUCUGUUUGCACGCAGCCUAAGACGCAGGCUAUGAUUCUUGGCAAAUCCAUUUAUAACUACGAGCUUGCCUUAAAGUCAACUGAUAUACAAAUUAUCAAUGAACUUAAGUUGCUGGUUGGUACGAUUGAUAAUAAGCUUACUUUCUCUUCACAUAUUAAACUGCUUCUUAGUAAAGUCAAUGCAAUUGAUAGUGACACCGCGCUUAAACUUUAUAAGGCGUAUAUCCUCCCCCAUUUCGACUAUUGUAGCCCUCUCCUUAUUAUUAAUCAGACCUUAUCAGAUAAGUUAGAAAAUACUAAUUAUUAUGUACUAAGAACUCUUCUUAAGUUAUCGAAGUCUAUCACGUACGAGGACAUUUUGUCAAAGUAUAACUUAAAUAUUAUUGAGCAGAAGCGCCUAGUUGAAGCUCUCACACUUUUAUUCAAAAGGCUAUCCUAAUUAUAUAAGUAAUAUGUUUAGUAUAAAAAACUGUGCCUGUAAUCUUCGAGGAACUGGUAGCAGACUUAAUCAACCGGCCCCUAAUACUACCUUCAAGCACAAAUCCGUUUCUUAUAUUGCAUGUAGACUCUGGAACCAUCUACCUUCUCCCCCAUCUAAAGAAUUUCGUUGGUAAGCUCAAAGAACUUAAGUUGGGCCUGGAAGUGUGUCGCUGCAAUGUCUGUGCUAGUUAGAUUGUUUAAUUCGUAAAUAGAAUAGGUAUUUAAUUUUUAAUUUAAUUUAGUUUAUAUGUAAUUUUUAUCAUGCACGUACAUUUUUGUAACGAGCCUUCGUUAGGCUCACCGAUGUCACGUGUUUAAAUACAGAUUGAUUGGUUAAUGAUUUCCACCCGUAGGCGACUUCCAUAUAAAAGUGACGGGGAUGCUCGUCGUCUCGGUCUGGGGUGUAAAUUGCAGAUUUUUGUCUCACUUAGGGUGUUUGGGAUGGAAAGUUACUAUUAUUUGCCCAUUCAGGUAUCGCUUAGUCCUGCUCAUAAAGAAAUUGCCAAAAAAUGUUCGACACUUACCAGACAUAAAUCGUCUUUAGGGAUCAGUUUAAGCGUUAGCCUCACCCACAGUGGUCUCCCUAAGGGGUUUAAUUUGAAUCUUCCGACGAGCAUCACCGUCACUUUUAUAUUGGAGUCCCCCCCCGGGAUGAUUUCCUGUUGAAUUCGCACGGUAAAUUAUCUUCAUAUCCAAUCUUUAACUGAAGCUACUGCAAGAACAUUCUUCAGACACUGAUAUAGUUCAUUUCUUUUUUCUUGAUGUAAGUGAGUUCUUUAUACACGCAUCGUUUCCCUAUGGCUGCAGUUCUCUUAACGAUCAAGUUCUUAGACGAUCUAGAGCGACUUCCAUGGAUGGAAAAAUUCACUAAUUAGUUACUUCAGUGAAAGAGUUGACCACUUAAACCGGAAUUUCCUUUGUAUGCUAAAUAAACUUGCUCCAGUUAAAAAUGUUAAGAUAAAACAUCCCCAAUGUCCUUUUGUGGACGAACAACUGAAAUAGCAUACUGAGUCACAGUUACUUAAGAUUGCUCGAGAGACCAAUUCGCCCCAGGAUUGGCAAAUCUACCGUGCAUUAGCGGAAUGAUGUUAAGGUUCGUCUAUGUGAGACCGAGUGAGAACAAUCAGAACUACUUUCCUGUCAGAAGAAUUGUUCUUAAAUGAAGCACAUAUGAUUGGCUAUAAAUCAACCCUCUUGGGAACAACGGAUCUCGGAGAAGAUCUAAAAAUAUCUUUAGAGGGAUUACCAUGGGUAUUGGGCUUAUAUGAGGGAUUAGUUCUCUGAGCUUAUUCUCUCUUACUGUGAAUGAUACAAUUUAAGUGAUUACAGUGGACUUGCCCGAAAUUGUUUUCCCUUUGACAAAGGUAAAAAAAUGGUCAAAAAGUGGUGUCAUCCUGACACCACUUGGUAGAAAAACGUUUUAUCUCUUGAAGGCCUUAAACUGUUGUUUUGUAAACUGGUUUCUAUUACGAGAUAUCCUAGUAAGUCCGAGACUUCAAUCGGUGGCAUACAUUCGGUGACAAACUGCGUCGUUGGAAUGGUGGCUGGGUCAACUCUAAUAACCUUUAUUUUUUUAAGAUAUCGCGCCUUUUUAAGAUUACCUGCGUCUAAGAUAACAACUUUAUUUCCAAUCUAUCCAUAAACAAACUUUACAUUCGGUUACAAUAGAUGACACUUUCAUGGUGUGAACGGGGAGCGAGCUUGAAACUUAUGGAGUUUUUUAAUUACAUCAAUGAAGCCCAUGACACGAUUAUGUUCACGAGGGACUGAUCUAGAGAAAGGAUGUAUUACCUGGAUGUUCAGGUAAUAAAAAACAAGGGAAAAAUAAAGUCUGACCUAUACAUAAAGCCGAUGGAUAGAAACCAGUAUUUGUAACUCACUUCAUGCCAUCCCCGGAUGUGCAAGGAUAGCAUACCAUGUGUCCAGGCCUUGAGACUUUAAAGAAUAUGUUCUACAUUUGACUGGUUUGAGCACAGGGCUUCUGAUUUACGCGGUUUUGUUGUAGCCAGGGAAUAUUAAAAACAUUUGUUUUGAAGCAAAUUAGGAUAGUGAGAUUGAAAACCAUGCAGAGAGGAAACAUUAACACCACGCCCUAGGAGUACUACUAACAGAAUACCAAUGGUAGUAACAUACCAUUCAAGCCUUCCUAACAUUGGUGGCAUUCUACAAGAACGUUAGCGGCUCUUACGUUUUUCAGACACGCGCGGGAAAGCCAUCAAAGAGGUACCUUUCAUGGCAUUUCGAAGACCCAAGAGUCUGGGUGACUACCUAGUACACGCUAAGCGUGCAGCAAAUACGGAGUGGUGCUCAAAGGGGACAGUGGUAUGUGGUAGCAGACGAUGCCAGGUCUGUACUGGGACCGGGUGAAAGGUGUACUUCGUACAAAACUGGAAAGAGUUGUGCUGUUAAUUAAGAACUAGACUGUAAUAGUAGUAAUGUUGUAUACUUGAUGUCUUGUAAAGUAUUUCAUGCGCAGUAUGUUUGGUCAACAAGAACAAAAUUUAGGCUAAGGUUUAACAACCAUAAGUCUCGUUUUAAAGCCCACUCAAGGCUCUCUGUUGAUCGUAGAGAUAAGGACGAUCUUGUGUUGUCGUUAUCAAUGGUGUGUGAUGCUUGUAAUGGCCAUUCACCCUGAUGAAGGCUGGUAAAGUCGGUCGAAACAUGGGUGAAAGACGAAAAACCAUACCGUUUUCCUUUUCAUUUGUAGUACUUUAUAUAUUGUAAAGUGCUAUUGAUCAGCAUUUGUAAAUAGCGCUAUAUAAGGUAUAUAAUUAUUGCUAUAAUUAUUAUGUGAAUGUUUUAUUUUAGAACGUUCUUUUAAAUAUAGAUUGUGAAUGGAAAACAGCAUGACAAAGAUUGGUUGAUAAGGAAACUUCAGAGUGCUUGUGAAGAACCAUUUCAGGCAGUUGAUGUAAGUAGUCUGUUAAUAAUAUAUAGAAUUAGCCAGGGCUAAAAGCGAAGCCUCCGUUUAUAUAAUUAUAAUAAAAGCCAUCAAAUUUAAACUAAUAACAUGAACUCUAAGCCAGAAAAAAGAAAUUUUCACAUCCCUAUUAAUAGAACUUUAGGAGCCUUUAGCAUCAGUUCACCUUUAGAGGGAGGCAUUAAAUGGUUAAGAAAAAAUAUCCCGCAAACAAACCUGAAAUGAAAAAAUUGUGACAUUAUAGGUCUAUUAAGUAGCAGCAAUUUGCAGGUCGCGAUUUUUAGGGUCAGUAUUUCUGUCUAAGUUAAGGGAAGACCUGAAAGAAAAAUCAGGCCAACUUAGGGACUUCUGUGUUCCCAUUAUAUUUUUUCUUUUUUUUAACGGGCUCGGACGAACAGUCAUGUGUAGCCUUUACAUUUAUACCUCACAAAAUCUGAAACAAAAUUUUACUGUAAGCCAAACGAUAACCUUUUUCGCUACUAAUAACCAUAAUUCAAUCUUUAACGUGCACAAGCUGUGCGGUACGUGUUCAGGUGUUGUGCAGUGCAUUCAUGCUGAGAAACGUGCGAUAGACUUACCAAAGGGGGGGUCAUUGUGCCAGGUGUUCCUAGUGGAGACCGUGCAGCCACGUAUGUUCUGCGAAGAAAGCUUAGGAAAGAUUAAAUUUAGAGCUUUUCCGAAACGUGUCGGUCCGCUUGAAAGCGUUGUUUUCUUUGCAACGAGUAAACACCAUUGAGUGGUCGAAAAAAGUAAGAAUCUUAAUUAGCAAAACUGCGACGGUGUGAUGAGCAUGCGGUUUAUUUUCGGCGAUGACUGAAAUGACGUGCCAUGUAAAUCACUUUUUUGAUCUCUGGCAAUGAUGUAAUUUCUCUGGAGUCGAGGCCCUUGAAUUUUCGUGUAUUUAUACACGCUAUAGCCUGCGACCGCAGAAGUAUUUCCGGUCGUCGCUAACACGCGUACUAAAUCAUUUCAGAAACAAAUAAAAAGUAAAUAUGUUCAAGAACACUAGACGUCGAUAAAGUGGGAAGUAAAAAACCUUUCGCGAGUAAAUCCUCUUUCGUGUAGAAUUAAUCCCCUCCUCAUUUCUCGAUCUAAUCUUUAAGUAAGCGAGACUGAACGCCGCUGUAAGAACGUUUUUGUUAGUCUCGCUUGCGUAAGCAGCGAGACUCAUAAUCUAGAACGCAUUUUUCGUCGUAUUUAGGACACAAAUGGGGGUCAUUGUGCCCGGCGUUCCUUGCGGAGACCCUGGAAACUGGGAAUGAGAAUCGUUGCGUGAUUGAAGCCGCGCAUGUUUUGCGAAGAAACCCUAGGAAAGAUUAAACAUAGAGCUUUUUCGAAACGUGUCGGUCCAGAAUUCUAUCGCUUGAAAGCGUUGAUUACUUUGGAACAAGUGAACACCACUGAGUGGUGGGAAAAAAUUAGAAUCUUAAUUGGCAAAACUGCGAUGGUCGGGUGUUGUAAACUUUCAUUGUAUGCAAAUGUGAUGAGUGUAGAAUUAAUUGCCUCCUCAUUUCUCGAUCUAAUCUCCAAGCAAGCGAGAGUGAUGGCCGCUGUAAGAGCGUUCUUGUUUUUCGAAAAAAGACAAACUCGGGCUCGAAAACCCGACGAGUUAUGGAAAAAGAGCAGCAUACCGCAAAAUUCUUGAAUGGCAGGUAAUGAAUAAGAAAAUGAAUAGCAACACUUCAGUUUUAAUUCAAGAAAGGGGGGCAGCCCGUCUGAACUGUUUCUAAAAAUCUCACGAUCUUUAGUCUCACGACCUUGUUUUGAGCUAUUGUUUUGAAUGAACAAUGGCAGAUAAAUAACCCAUAUAAAAAAAACCCCAAAAGUUAAACCCAUAAGUUAAUCCUUAAAAGCAAUUUGCGUAACACUAACUGGAUCGUGGAUCCGUUCACGCAAGUUAAAUCGGCUGAGUACGUCACAACGUGGCAAAAUUCAACAUAAAUUCAAUUUUAAAUCGGGGUACAUUUUGUGGUUUUUCUGUCACGCCGAUGUCAAAAUGUAGAAAACGUCCACGAAACCUUGAUAGAUACAAAAAUUCUCUUUUACUUGACCAUAGAUUACAGAAUGCACUUAAGCGGCAGUCUCCCUAAAAGCGUUCCACUCGAUUUUGGACUCGAAAAAACUUUUGCCUCAUAUUUUUAUCAUCAACACUACUAUCCAUCCUGAUAACGAAAUUGCAGUUAGAAUGAGGAAAUUGUUUAAUUUACUGCCAUUCCCAGCAUUUCAUUGCUGGACGACCGUUAGCGGCUAAAAUAUGCAAAUUUUAGUCUCUGCUAUACAGGUUUUUUAACGAUCGUUCUAAAGUUCUUCGGGUCAUCAAAUCCUAGACUAUUGCACUCAUUUGGAAGCAUAUUACUUCUUCUUACUGUUCCAAUACCGUUUAGGCGUUAUCUUUCUGUAAUCAGCAAAAACUGGUCGUCUUUAUUUCGCUAAUCCAAUUAAGAAAGCAAACUGCACGAGAAAAUGCCUCAAAAACAUCUCAAAAUUCUCAAAAGUGGCACCUAAACUAGACCUAAAAACAUGGUUUAGUUAAAGAUUAAUAGCUAUUUUGUCGAGUUAUGCAAUAAAACUUGUGGCACAACGCGAUUUAGAAUUGAAGGUUUCAACUCAAAUUUAGGCAAAUGUUCAAUUUGCGUUGCGUGACGAUACCGGCUGCUGUCACAACAAAAUCCUCAGUUAUUCAAAUACUUGCCACUUUUAAGCAAGAUAUGCCUCAUUUUCCCACCAAAACUAUAUUAAAAUUCCGUUUUUCCCUUUGCCAAUGAUACAUAUUGUUCAAAAAUUAGUUCAGCAAGUAAAAGAUACCUUUCCAAGCUUCAUUUAAUAUUCCCACUGCCCCGAACAUUCGUGUUAAGUCUGUUGUGUCAAGACGGAAAAUACCUUUUCAGAACCAAACCUCUUCUAGCUUAAAAUGUGGUCCAGUCUGAAAAAGCUGCAUUGACCAGAAGUUACUCCGAUCCAUCAUAUUAUAAAAUCGAACGUUAGAAGAAAAGUAAAUUUCCCACUGCUUAAUUAAAUAUGUGUGAACAGGUCAGAAAAUGUUUGACUUGUACUUCGCCCCACGUAAGGGUAUCCGGAUUCCGGAAACUGGAAAAUUUUUGCUUGUAGGAUCCGGAAUCCGGGAAAAUUUUGAUAUGAAAUCCGGAAUCCAGGGCUUUGGAAUCCAGAAUAGAGCUCAAGCACCCUACUAAGGAAUGAAAUUCCACCGGAAAAGACUGGAAUCCAGCACCCGGAAUCCUGAAUCCAUGGAAUGGGAUCCAGAAUCCACGACUUUCUUGUAUUCGCUAACAUGGGGCGAUAGUACUGGACUGUGAACGACGACUUACAAUUUUCCCCUUAUUUACCUUCCACUGAUCAGGAGCCCAUAUUUGAAGACUUUGUUAAUGAAAUUUCAAUUAGUAGGUUUCUUCCAUUUCCUGACUGUUUCUUGAGGGGGGCGUAAGGGUUUGCGGUAUUGCGGUAUUGGGUUAUUUUUGGUGCGGUGUUGCGGUAAUUUUUGUUUCAAAGUACGGUAUUGCGGUUUUCAGAGUCCAAGCGGUGUGCGGUAAGUUCAAAUCUUAUGUCGCGGUAGGCGGUGAAAAAAUCGUUGUGUCGCGGUGAUCUGCUUCUUUUUCAUGACAAGAGGAUACAAAUUCUGAAAGGUCUCCCUAGCUAGCCUGCGUGACCUGCGUUUCUUCCUAUAGUUGCACAGUCGGGGAUCGUAUAUUGCGCAAACAGUCCAGACAAAUCGUAUGGCUUGUAAUUUCAGUUAAUACUUGAUACGAUUAACGACAUUGACUUUUUUAUCCAAUGAUACGUAAACAUGUCACAUUAUAUACAGCUAUUUCGAGAACGGUUGUCGGAAAAAAUGUGCAGGCGACAAUCCCGAAAGGUAACACGGGAUAUGAUCAAUACGCUGUUCCUGACACUGUAGCCGUCGAACCUACUUUUGUUACUUUCCUUUAUCACUCGUAAACAUACUCCCAUGGCCUUUCGUGCCAUUCUUUCAAAUUUAUUUGAACAACAGUGAACUCAAAACCAACCACAAUACCUUUCGGGAUUGUCGCGCGCACUUUUUUCCGACAACCUUUCUCGAAAUAGCUGUAUAACCUCAUGGACCUUGUGGAAAUAGUCAGCUUGGUUAACCUCCUUACCAAUCUUACCGCCACUUUCGUGCCGGUCGUAAAACAAUGGCGAGCGAUCCAGAGGGUCAACUGAGUGAUCAGUCAGAUAUUCCAGCAAAUAGUGAGGUCAGUGAGGUCGUUAUAAAUUGCGUAGUGUCGAAAGAUAAUCUAUGAAGAUGGUGUGGUCUAAAAAUUAUUACUCGUCCUUCUCGUUGUGCAUGCAGGAAUGUAGAAUGUACUAGUAUUCGUGUGUGCUUAGCCUGCAGGGCUCGAAAUUAAAAACAUCUUCAGGUCGCCUUUUGGCGACCAACCGGAGAAAUGUAGUCGCCAGAUGCAAAUUUUUAGUCGCCAGUUUGUAAUAUGUAAAUGACGCAGCUCAUAGGUACAGGGCUUCUGAUAUUUCGAACAGUAGCGGAGCCGCGAAAUUCACAAAAACUCGCAAAAUACCGCGAAAUUCAGUAGAAAUCUUAUCAAACACAUGUCUGUACAACAUAUUUGAAACUUAUCUCAGCUAUUGGGGCUAUUUACUUGCCCUAAACUUGCAAAUUUAUCUUCAUACUUCGUCACUGAAACGUGCGACUACCGUCCCGAAACUGCAGCAAUUAUGUUGCGAAAAACUGGGCACUAGCCAUGAUGUUAAGGGCUUUGCCAUUAGUUCAUUUCUGGAGCGUAUUGUUGUUGAAAGAGGAAAUGAUGACCUGUUAGAAAAACGUUAAAACGCUGGUCUGAUCGGCGCAAAGCCGAUCGACAUCUGACAAAAUUUUCCCUCAAAAAUAACCACAAAAUCGGCCUUUUUUACCGAUUGAUUUUCGGCGAAGUUUGGCCCAAACAUUCCCGCGAAAGUGCCGCAAAAUCGGCCGAUUUCUCCGCGAAAUUUGACUUUUUUCCGCUACCUAUCAGAAACCCAGCAUAGUAUGGUGCGAUCCAUCAGAUUUGAAAACUGAAUAUCAUGAAGUCGGUAUAAAUUUGGAGGUAAAGUGGCUUUGUUUAUGCGUUUUGGCACAUUUUUCAUGAUGAAAGCAAAGCAAGAUAAGAUGAAAUGUUUGUUAUAAUUUUACUCUUCUAAAAUCUGGUCGCCACUUUGGCGACUAAACCAGAAUUUUUAGUCGCCAAGGAGAAAUGUUAGUCGCAUUGGCGACCGUAUCAGUCGCAAUUUCGAGCCCUGGCCUACGUAGCAUGGGGGCCCGGGGGGCGGGGGUACUUCCUUAUAAGAGGCUAAUGGGGAUGUGCCGCUGGAUGGGUCGCAUUUUCACGACUGGAUUGACUAUAAUGAGGUCGCAUUUUCAGAGAGUUACUAGAAUGGGGUCGCACAUUUUCUGCUCUUUUGGGGCAAGACAGUUCUUCAUAUUUACGGUUAGCAAACAUACCAGAAUGUUUGUAUUGUAGAUGAAAAGUAAAGUGUUCUUCAUUCAACCUAAAAAAUGGUCAAUUCAUUAAAAUAGGAAGUGACUAAGCUGGGAUCGCGAAAAUUGAAUAUUUGUCCAAAAGUGACUAAGAUGGGGUCUAUAAUUGGCAUGGGCACUGAAUAGACUAUAAUAGGGUAGAGGCUCUGAGAGGCCAGUGGCACAUACCAAGCAAAAAUUAACCCAAGUACUCCUCCGGGCAUGGCAGUUUUACGUGGUUUUGUCGGCAGCACGACUGUGAGCGGCUUAGCAGCUCCCGCCCCAAUCUCCUUGCCCGCGCCCGCCUUUAUUAUUUAGCGCGCCCAACCAAAACCGCCAUGCUACGCAGGCUAGUGUGUGCUGUGUGCCCUUCGAAUCCCAAAGGCAGCCCGGGUCGACGUUUUGAAAUUCUCAACAAAGAAUCGGGUUAAUUGUGAAUCUGAAACAACCUCAUAAGAGUCAACUGUUUACCGUCCGUUUAUGAUCUAGGUCAGUAAUAUAUAAAGUAAUACUAGAAAACUCCUGUUGUAUCAUUUAUGUAAACGUAUACAUGUAAUGAACAAAGUUAAACGAGUGGGAUGAUCUUAUGUUUAUCGUACGCUUGACAUCGACGCAUCAUAAUUUGGAAAGACUGACAUAAAAGUAUUAUUUCUAUUUGAAAGGAGGAUUUUUAGUAUUGACAACGUCAAAUUUUCCCAUUUGUAACUGCGGUUUCGGUAUUUGGCUAAAUUUUGAUGCGGUAUUGCGGUAUUCUCGCGCUACCAUGUGCGGUAUUGCGGUAUUCGUACCCCCCUUACGCCCCCCUCUUUCUUCCUAUUAACAGUGGUCAGCGUUUGUUUUCACGCUCCAAGAGACAGUCUGGAGUCGUCUAAGGCUACUUUUGUAUCGCAGCCAGUUAAUAAAGAAGUUGGCACGCGCAAAUAAUAAAGUUUCAACAUUAAUUUCGAAUCGUGCAACAUCAGUGAAAGUAACAAGAAAAUAAAGUGUGGAAGUUCACGCGUUUUUCCCAACUGAUAAAAGUACACGAUUGUCAGGACACCAUUACUUCUUACCAUGAAACCUGUCAUCCAUCGAAGUCUGAACUAAGUGAAGCCGACCCAAUACUCUCAAAAGAUGGUAAUCAUUGACCUUACGAAAAAUCAAGUGGAACAGAUGGCGAUCUGCUUCCCCAGGAGGACUCCCAUGCAAAAGUGACUUGGGCGCUCGUCGUUUGCAGAUUUUGGUCUCACUUCGGUUGUUUGGGACGGAAAGUACCUAAAUAUGCUCAUCCAGGUAUCGCUUAAGGCUGUGCAUAAAGAAAUUUGCCAAAAAAAAAAACGCGGUGACGCUGACCUCACAGAAAUCUCCUUUAGGGGUCAGUUUAAGCUUGAGCAACACCCACAUUGGCCUCUCUUAGGGGUUUAAAUAAUAAAUUAUUAAUUUUCCGACGAGCAGCCCUUCACUUUUAUAUGAAAGUCCUCCCGGGGAUUACCCACAAAUAUCGGCAUAUAAACUCGGACGAUUUUGGCGGACACCUCGUACAGAGGACCAAGAAAGGAAUAUUAGGACCAAGGACAGGCAUGUAAUUGGUGUGGAGAUUGCUAAGAUCGUAUACCAUCUAUUUUAAAGGAUGGGAUCACGUACGUAUAAAAUCAUAAAAUCAUUGCUAAUAUCCUUAUCACUAGUUCCUUUAUCUGUGAUAAGAUAACGACAAAAGGGCCAAUGGGUAUUGUCAUAAUCGUAACUUCAAGUUCAGACAAUGAUAAACUCAGUAGUGAGUGAUGAAGUUAUGGAGAAAAGUAGGAAGUGGCUUUAAGUCAAAUAUCCUGAUAUUAAUCAGUGUUGCAGUAUGGCAUAAAGUUACACAGUCAGCUGAUGCACUUGCACAUUUGAUAUCAUUUAUUUAUGAGCUGACGGAUUUGAAUAUCACAAGAUACACGCGUGAAACAGAAAGUGAUAAGCGCAUAUCUAAACCUAAUUUGGAGUCGGAGUUAAAUUGCCAAAAUCGUGAUUACCUACCUUUAGGCAUAUUACUGAGAGUACUCAUGACAAUUGUUUAGUACCAUGGAGAAUUCACCGACAGAAUUUUCUAUUGAAGCCCAACGUGGACAAAAACCUCUGAAUUCGAACAAUCAGUAGAGGUGAGAACUGACGUGAAGUCUGAAUCCGGCAUUGUCGAAGGUUUCCCGAGCAUGAACAUUUCUCCAGGUCGAGACCCCUACACUGUUUUUACGUCUUUUCUCGUCUCACGUCUUGUUAGCGGUUACAUUGUGUAUUACCCUGUUCUUACAGACGCUUGCAUUCUCCCACGUUAAUGAUGUAAAAAUACAUACAUCUGAACAACAGCUGAAGGAUCUAGGAUCACAUUUUUAAAAAUCGGCCUUUGGACCCUCCGUGUGGAUCCAAAUUCAUAUUGAUAUCGAUUUUACUAAAUUAAGCGCCACCGCGUUUAUCAUUUCGUUUUUGCGACUACAGUGCGGCGCUCAUUUGAUGCACCAGCCUACCGCGGACAAUUUUGUUGAGCCACUCAGAGAGGAUCUUAUUGCUUUUGUAUGUCUGCAUACCGAGAUGCUAUGACAAAGAAUAUAAAGACCGCAAAUACUUCACAAAUCUUAUAAAAAAAAUACAAAAACAAAAAACUAGCGAGAUUGCAUGCGAGUAAACAAAGAUCUGGUACAAAUUUCCCUAAAACAGUCAAAUAUAACAAUAUAACAAGCUUAACAACUUGACAGGCUAACGGUUUUAUUCGGUGGUGGUAUAAACAGGUUACAACCGAACACUGUCAGGCUACCCCUGGCUACUCAGUCACUUCACUCGCUGUCCAUCACGAAAUUGAUAGAGUACAGCAUUACCAGCAUAGCACUAGCACUGUAUAUAGACAAUCAGAUUUGUGAUCGAAGGCCGGUAGAUUUAUACAUCUUAGAAUUUAUACUAAUAUCAAAUUCCUAAAGGUGUCCGGACACUAACUUAAUUCAAUGUACAUUUCACAGCUGAUUUCAUUUUUUUAAGGGCAAAAAACAAUUUACUUGAUAAGAAUUUAUAAGUACGAGACUUAUUGUGGCGUAGACGUAAUUAACGGAUUGUUGAUUUUACUUCUUUGAACUCCAGUCCACAUUUUCUUAAUUUUUCUUUAAGGACUACCGUGUACCAUCGUCCCAUAUAGUGUAAAGGUGAAUGUGUGAAGGACCUUCUAGCUACAAAAUGUAAAUUCUUCCACCUGUCACAAGACAGGAGAAGCAUUGUUCUCGUUAAUGUUAUCUGUAAAACAAAAAUGUUCGUUAGAACGCGAUUGAAGUAUGUCGAAUAGCCUCUUCCAGACGUUCAGACUGUAGGGGCGACCCUCCAAGGGAUGCCAGUAAGGAAAGGGCGAAGGGGUGGGGUAGGGAGAAAUACGUAUUUUUCCUGACCCACUCUACUAAUAAGAAGGCCAACUACUGGGAGUCGAACAAAGGACGGCCGGCCGAGACUAUUAAUACCAAGGUCAGUGGAAAAGUAAACUUAAACUUCUACAAGCUUAACCUAUUUACGAUUUUUCUUGUUGAUAAAGUAAAAAAAAAGAAACAGAAAAACAAAAACAAAAAACAGAAAAAUUGUCUUUUGUAGGAUCACGAAGAAUUUUUUUACUGUCACUGCGGCCCGUGUCACGCCAUGCGAAUUCAGCAUCAAUAUGCAAAUUUAAGUCGAAUCCUUCAAUUCUGAAUCGCGUUGUGCCACAAGUUUUAUUGCAUAACUUGACAAAAUAGCUAUUAAUCUUUAACUAAAACAUGUUUUUAGUUCUAGUUUAGGUGCCACUUUUGAGAAUUUUGAGAUGUUUUUGAGGCAUUUAUUCGUGCAUCUUGCUUUCUUAAUUGGGUUAGUGAAAUAAAGACGACCAGUUUUUGCUGAUUACAGAAAGAUAAUGCCUAAAUGGUAUUGGAACAGUAAGAAGAAGUAAUAUGCUUCCAAAUGAGUGCAAUAGUCUAGGAUUUGAUGACCCGAAGUACUUUUAAACGAUCGUCAAAAAACCUGUAUAGCAGAGACUAAAAUUUGCAUAUUUUAGCCGCUAACGGUCGUCCAGCAAUGAAAUGCUGGGAAUGGCAGUAAAAUAAACAAUUUCCUCAUUCUCACUGCAGUUUCGUUAUUAGGAUGGAUAGUAGUGUUGAUGAUAAAAAUAUGAGGCAAAAGUUUUUUCGAGUCCAAAAUCGAGUGGAACGCUUUUAGGGAGACUGCCUCUUAAAGUUUCUUCAAAAACCUCGCUGCCUUGGUUCAAAGCAAGCCCAGCGCAACGCCGUGAAGAAAACAAGGUUGAAUUCCUCGAAAGACAAUUUCAUAACGAAAAACUUUUGUUUGUCCAUGAAAAGGAAACUGACCAUUCUUUUGAGUUUUCCAUUUGUAUCUUUUAUCGGCGUAUUUUCAAUGUUGAAAUGCAAAACUUUGGUCUUAAUGAACGCGCGCCAGCCAUUUUGUUGGUGGAUGUCAUUUACUAAGGUGUUAAAUCCGUUUCUUCCCCAUCCCCUAAGGGUUGAUCAUUUGACUUUUGUGGCGGGGUAUGGGUGAUUUAGUUUGGGUAGGAAUUUUUUUCCCAUACCUCUGGAGUUAGAAAUCUUUUAGUUUAUGCCUAGUUUGUACGUCAAAAUUAAUUCAGACGAAUUUAAUUCAAAUUGUUUCAUUUUAAUUCAUUUGUUUCAGAGAAAUGAAAAUGAAACAAAUUUUUAAGAGAAAGUGUACCAAAAAUGACAUAUGUUGUUGUUAUACCAAUUAUGCGUCUUUGUUAGCGUUGAAAUUAAAAGGAUGGAAAAUGCUUCUUGUUCGAGUUCGUUUACUGCUGUGGUGUCGCAGUCAGUUCAGAAAUCACUUAGAGUUAAAUGAAAACUAAAUACAAGUUCUAUUUUUAACCUGAAAGCUUUUGUUACUGUUGCUAUUUUAGAAAGUAAAAGUACUGAGACAAAGACCUAGGCAGGUCAGCAAAACAGCAUUUAUGUACAAAGGGUUACAAUGUGAAUUAAAUUGCAAGUUCAGCUAUCGGCUGUUUAAACAUGAAAAGCGCAGACUAAAACAAAAACCGACCUAAUGGCGUUACUAUAAAUAAAUGUCGUCCGGUAGUAAAAUCACGAAAAAUAGACUAAAGUCAAAUAAACCAUUAUUAAGAAAUGAAGUAUAUUCUUUCAAGAGUCAACAUUGAAGUAAAAUGUGUAUAAUGGAAAAGAGAACGAGCAAUUAGUUUUGUUUGUUAACGAACACUGUUGGCCGUUACCUGGCGCACACCUGGCUGUUACCUGGCGCACACAAAGCAAAUGAAACAAAGGAUAAUAAAAAUGGCACGAGCCUUUUUGCGGAGCUAAAACUUCUUUAUGCAAAUUCAGUAUGAAUUGCUAAGAACAAAGUCAAAGCGAAUAUUUGCAAGCUAUAUACGAUAUUCGAGGCAAAUAAACAAUUCAUGGAAAAUCUCUCCUCUCAUUUCUCCCACCUUAAAACUUUCGAUGUCCACGUCGAAGAAAACUGAACUAUAGGUACGUAAGGCUUCUAGGACGAAAAGGGCACGGGACAAGAAUAGCUUCGAUUUCGUAACUGAUAACAGAACUAGGAACUUUGAGCUCACUCUUAUCUGUUACAAACUGCUUACAAACUUCGUCUCCCUUAGGUAUAUCUUUAUGGCACAACGUACUUGAAAUUAGCUGGACUAAACGGUACUGAAACGUAUGAGUCUCAUGACAAUUGCAAUUCCUAUAUGAAUCUCUUUUUCGUGUUUCGUCUGCGAACUAUGUAAACUAUAAGCUGAUUGCCUGGAACGGUAUUUUGCUACACAACUACCUAACACCAAUCUAUCUGGGCUAAAAUAAGUUCUUUGGGUGUCACGGUGGCUGCUUCACAAAUACGGAAUAGGCAUUCCUUGGAUCUCUCUUUCAACGGUGCUCAUGUCACUGUGCGAUGGGUUCACGUGGGAACUUUCUUGGGAAAAGAGUUCGUGUUUUAGUGGAGAACUGCUUCGGUGAACGUCAUACACUGGUCUUGCUGGAAAAUCGACAUCACUUGACGUCAUAGGUGGAAACUUUUUUGUAAUUCUCUGUGUGACUGGCUGAGGCGGCUUUCUCAUUUUCGUCUGAGAUUCAUCAUUUGCUUGUCCAAUUUUAUAGGGCUCUUUGGGUUUGUGGGGCACACUUGAACGGGUACACUCGCAGCGCUUGUUAUGUCAAAAGCUUGCUCUUGUGUGGCAGGUAUCCGAGGAGUCAUCUGAGCUUUGUAAACGUUUUGGUCAGGCACCGUUGCGUGCGAUGCAGUCAGUAGGUAUAAAGCGAUACAAAGCGUGGUCAAAAGGGAUUGAUGGAUCAAUAAACGAGACACAUCCGUCUUUCCACUGUGGCGGGUUGUGGGUAUCUGCUGGAAACGGCGAUAACUUUCUCGUGGCACAUUUGUUUCAUCGGAGGUUGAUGGGAAGAAUAACGUUCCUAUGAAAGCUGGGUGUAGGGCCUGUUUCUGCGAGGCUCUUUGUUUCAUAGGAUUUCUCUUUGUGGCAGACCUUUCUUCAGUGAAUUCUUCAUGUCGGUUUGGCUGUACGGGGCUUUGAUCGCAAGCCAGGCCUUUUCCUAAUUCUCUUUCAGGUACGUCACUGCCGCCACCCAACUGUAAGGUACUCUCCUUUAUGCACCUAUCAAUGUAAAUCCCGUGGUGGGGGAGUGCAGGCAAGGGACGGGGAUUUGAUGCCUGAGACUAUCCCCCUGUCGGGCUUUUGAUCGUGCGAAGCGACCCCGGGGUCGGGACAUUUGACUUUGACUGACAGAAGCCUGGUAUCAAUUCAGAAGCGGUUGCCAAGUCCGUCCCUCGAGGCUUUCUGAAAGUCACGCUGUUGGAGAAAGGUGUGAAGUUUUCAUUUGUUUUAAUCGCCAUAAUCCGAUACUUUAAACUGUCAUCUAAACAGAUAAUGUCUAUUUUGAGAAAGUUUUUAUCUUCAAGUUCCCAUUUGAUUGUAAAUCUCGAUUGAAAUCGAAUUCCACCAUGAAAGUCAGAGGAUUUUUUACAGGUCACUGAUCCGACCUGUUCCGACAUGUUGAGCAGAUGUUAUAAAGCAUUUUACGUUUCAUUAAUAUUAUAAUAGCACGGUCAAUCUUCCUAGAGUGAUUUUGUUGUUCAAAAUAAGAGAUGCUAGUGGAGAGAGAAAAUACUUAAUUACAGCGAGUAAUUUAACGGAGCUUACGUUUAGUAAGGACGUACUUUUGAAAUGUUCUUUUAAUUCGUUUUAUACAGUAUUAUAGUAUUGUUUGUUUAGAUUCUUUCCCCUGGGGUGGGGGCUUUUUUGACACUUUUGAUUGACCUUU